AUGGGAGAAAAGGUUAUUUCAGGUCACCAGAACCAGAACCCGUCCUUACUGGAUCUGCUGAUGAGGUUCCUGAAGGAGGAGUUAUGGACGGAGAGGACAGCGGGUGAACCUGCAGGUUCUUCAGAAAGUUCCUCAUCUCACCAUCUGAGUCUCGUUGCAGUUAGGAGCUCCUCAGUGGUGGAGCAACCCGUCUCUGUCCCCUCGGACCUGGCAGACUGGAUCAAACUCAACGCCAGGGACCUGAAGAUCUCUCAGAGGGACCGCCGCUGGGCUGCAGAGAUGGUCAACGGCUUCCGGGAACACCUGCUGAAGUUCCUGAAGAAGGAGUCGCUGUUCCAGUCUGUUGAGUUCCUCAACACAGGAAGUUACUUUGAGAAGGUCAAGAUCUACAGCCCUGACGAGUUUGACAUGAUGCUGAAGUUUCCGGUUCUCACCACCACGGAGCUCGACGGUGGCCUGUUCCACCGGAUCGACCUGGUCCACGCCCCUCAGGGACCCAUACGGGACUACCUCCUGGAGAACCAGCUCACCUCACUCCUGACUGAGAUGUUCCGGCUGGUCCGCAAGUUCCUGAAGACCUACAGAGUCCCUGACGACCAGCUCAGCUGUCACUGGGAGGUGAACAGGAAGACGCCCAACUCUCGCAGACCUGAGACCAGAGGAGAGGAGCUGAUCUCUGUGGACGUGGUCCUGGCUCUCGAGAGUCAGAGCUGGCCACCCGCGACCCGUACCGGUCCAGAUGUGGUGGGAAAGAAGAGUCGCCGAGAAAUCAGGAAUCAGCCGUGUUACUUUGUCCCGAAAAGGCUGAAAGGGGCGACACCAGAGCAAAGACGCAAAAGAGAGUUGAAGAUCAUCACAUCUCACGGUAACAAGAAAACCUGCUGUGAGGGUCACGGCACCAAGUGCUGCCGAAAGCUGUGCUUGAUGCUGCUGAAAUCUCCGAUUGAGGGUCUGAAACAACGGUUUCCCAAAGAGCUGGAUGAGCUCUGCUCCUACCACGGACAGACCGUCUUCCUCCACGCUUUGGCCUGCAGAUGUGAUGACUCCCAGUGGGUCUGUCAGCAGCUUCCGUACCUGGUCGAUGCCCUGCAGGACCACGCUCGCAGAGGGGACCUCCCUCACUUCUUUGUGCCUGAAUGCAACCUCUUCUCCCCGACCAUCUUCCAUCGCAGAGCUCUUGCUUUUCUCGUCAGGGCUCUGGAUGAGCAGAAGAGGGAAGGUCUGCCUCUGCUGAAACCCCCAGCUCUGGUUUCUCUUCUGAAACCAUCCACCGCUGCAGCUCACAUCAUCCUGGAGAAACCCACUGAGAAAUCCUCCCUGCCCACUGCUUCCUGUCUGAAACUCACCCUGCUGUUUUUUCUGGUUGUUCUAUUUGCCUUUUGCUGUUUUUGGGAUUAAACGAUAAAAACAAGAUUAAUAGAUGUAAAGAUUUAAACAUAAAUAAAAGAUAAACUGGGUGACAAUUCAUCUUCUGUAAAUCCAAGAAAAGGGCUGAAGUGAAGCAGGAAGUGCUUAUUUAAAAACUUUGAUUCACACUGAUCGUCACCGACGUCUAAUAUUCAAACUAUGUUUUAUUUUAUUGUGUCAAACUUUUCUUUAAAUGAAAAAUCAUUUGAAGUCCGUAGUGAUGUUUAGCUACGUUUUUUAUUUUGAAAGUAGAGGAAAGGAGUUAUUUUACUACUUGCAUUUAUUUGGGUUUGUUUCACUAAUUUUCUUUCUUUGAAUUAAAAACAUUUUGGCAUACUGUAGCAAAUUUGUUCUUAGCGUAGAAACUAUGAUUAAAUUUACAUUUGUACAAGUUUUCUUUGUUGACCAACAUUUUAAAUGUAAAUGUAGAAAAGUGCUGCAGGACUGCGGAAAUGUUGGGUAAUAUUAUAGAAUUAAUAAAAUAUUGAUAAAAUAUCAGGGUCAUUUUUUAAAUAUAUAAU